AUGGGCGGGGAUCUCAGCUUGUCCAAAGCCCUCGGAGGACUGCGUAUAGCCAACCCGGACGACACCGACACAGCCCCAUCUCAGGAAGGCGCGGCGUCUGCUUCGCUGCCGGUUUGCGACCCUCCUCCGACCUCCUCAUCCGACAAGCAGCAGGCACCGGCCAGAUCUGGAUCGCAAUCGUCACCGAGCCAUCUUCCGUCCCGCGAUCAAUACGGCGCCGCCAUUAACCCGGGCGCCCCCCAGCAAUCAACAUCAACCGAAGAUGUUUCGAGGCUCAAUGCAUACCGCCAGCCGACAUCCAUAUACCAACCAGAUGUUGAUCGGCUAGCCGGCCAAUCGUUCUCUUCGAAUGGCCGGCCCCAAUCCGGUCAAUACCAUGGCUCUAUGAGCCGCACGCUUCCUGAAGAUGUGCGAGUCUCUUCGCAGCAUGAGGCGCAGAAGAACGAGCGAUCCCGGUCGUCAAUGUACGGCAUGCCCACGAGGAGCGACUCACGAUCUGUCCCUGGACCGGCCGGCCCUGUGCCUUCACGGGAGUCAAGCCACAGCUCUCGUCAAGGCUCCCAAGCACCCACGACUGGAACUUUGCCACCGCGACGAAGCUCUAAGGGUAUGGGAGGAGGCUAUGCAUCAGCUUCAGCUGCUACCGCCCCAUCACGACGGGAACCAUAUGGCCCUGAAGACUCACUGCCGUCUUCAAGCGAAGAAUGGAAGGAUCGUGGUGCAGCGGUGGGCAUGCGGCGUGAUGUCGACUCGCAUGGAAAGACUGUCAUCCGACAUGUCAAGAAAGGGGUACGUGACUUCAGUUUCGGCCGUGUCCUUGGCGAAGGGUCAUACAGCACUGUUUACUUGGCCACGGAUCGGCAGACCCUGAAGGAGUACGCUAUCAAGGUACUCGAGAAACGCCACAUCAUCAAAGAGAAGAAAAUCAAAUAUGUCAACAUCGAGAAGGAUACAUUGAACCGCUUGACAGAGCAUCCCGGUAUCGUCCGCCUAUACUACACAUUUCAAGAUGAAAACUCCUUGUACUAUGUGUUGGACCUCUGCAAUGGAGGCGAGCUCCUCGGUGUGCUCAAGAAAACAGGCACUUUCGACGUUGAUUGCACCAGGUUCUAUGGAGCACAGAUCUUGGACGCCAUCAAUUACAUGCACUCAAGGGGGGUUAUCCACCGCGACCUCAAGCCUGAGAACGUACUGCUCGACGAUAAUAUGCACGUCAAAAUUACCGACUUCGGCACCGCCAAACUACUGAAGACGCCACGAGAACUGCAAGGCCCUGCGCCUACAGGUGGGGGUCCACUAGAUGGCAGUACUAGAGAUCAAGAUGGAGAAAGCCGUGCAGCAUCUUUUGUUGGCACAGCAGAGUACGUCAGUCCGGAACUUCUGACAAGCAAAAACGCGUGUAAGGCGAGCGACUUGUGGGCCUUUGGAUGUAUCAUUUACCAGCUUCUGGCCGGCCGGCCACCUUUCAAGGCUGGCACAGAAUAUUUGACAUUCCAGAAGAUUGUCAACCUUGAGUACGAAUUUCCAACAGGCUUUCCGGCAGCGGCGCGGGACCUAGUCGAAAGGUGCCUAGUCCUCGACCCAGCUCGACGACUGACCGUGGAGCACAUAAAGAACCAUGAGUUUUUUGACGGUCAUCCCUUCGGCAAGUCUCUGUGGAGACAACAAGCUCCGCGCCUGCGGCCUUACAAUCCUGCACCCCAGGAGCCAACUUUAAUCCAGCUGAACGGACAUGCAAGCUCCGCUCCCAACACGUCAAAUACUGCCAGAGCAUCGCUGCCAACAGGUCCUUCGACAUCUAACAAUGCAGCGAGGCCGGCAAGGAUUAUCACCGAACUCCCUCCACCAACCCAAUUAGACAUCGAGUGGUCGCCAGUACUGACUCGCACAAACGAGCGGAUUGUGAAGCUCGGCGACUUGAUGGUCGUCUCGAGCCCACUUCCCAGCAGUCCUCACGGGAAAGGCGGGGACCACGGAGAGGGUCAUAAGAAGUUGUCCAGGUUUUUCGGCGGCAGCACUACAAAGAAACGACAAAGGCUCGUCAUGAUCACCUCGAGCGGGCGCAUUGUUCUUGCACCCGCUGGUGGCGAAGAUAAACGUGCCAAGCAGGAGAUCUCCCUUUUGGCUCCUGAAUGCUCCUGGAGAACUCAGGUGGAUGUUAAAGGGCAGACAGUAUGGUGUGUGAAUACAGACAAAUCUCACUACACGUUCGAAGACCCAAAGUCAUCCGCAGGAUGUCGCGUCGUCGCAUUUAAGCAACCACAGGUGUCGUCAACGCCAGCGCAAGAAUACAAAGUCCGCAAAGAGCAAACGCGCUACACCCAACUCAAACACUACGGAAGGCCACUUCAACUGCCUUACUCUAGCAUGCAGCCUCAAUUUCGAGCUGGGCCUGGGUCAUACGUGCCUGGUACCCAACAAGCCCCACAGCGCACUCCUCAUCCGGGCCCGAGACGAAAUGGAAUGGGUCCAACGGCCCCAGGCCCCCAACAGUCCGCCCCGAUGAACCGAGCCUCGAUGGGCUCGCUCCCACCCCAUAUCCCAGCGCAAGCGGUUGAUCUCGAAAAGAUGACCGCAGCCAGAGCACUGAAGAGACGAAGCCGCAAGCCGACCGACAAAGAACUUCCAGAAGGCAUCGAGGACUGUCUAGCUACAGGCGAUUCUGUGGCGCAACGAUACAGAGAACUGCGUGGCGUUGAGCGACGACUGGAUGCAACCUUGAUGCGGAAGCGAUUAGACAUAGCGGAUAGUCUCAACCGCACCACAAAGCGCUACAAGACUCUUCGCAUAUGGGUCAACAACACAGUCGAGGACCAAGUGUGGCAGACCAACGGGCUUGCUGUUGACACGUUCGAUUUUACACCGAACGUGGAAGCAUCUUAUCGCGUCAAAAUCGAAGGUCGCUUGCUCGACGAUGGUUAUGAUAACUCGUCUGACGAACCUGAUGGGUCGGACAACGGCGAUGACAACUCAGGGAGUAAAUCAACCAGCCAACGCUUCACCCAUUUUUUCAAAAACUUGACUGUUGAAUUCGAUACCAGUCGUUCACGCGCUGCUGCUGAUCAAACGGUCACCUGGAACAAGUUCGACACGGCCAAGCCUAACCACGCAAAGUCCCCAGCAUCCACAGAGGCUGACGAGCUGACGUUCAAGCGCAAUGGGGACGAGAACAUGAAUAUCACGAUCAAAUUGACGCGCCAGGAAAACCCGGAGCGACAUCGGGUACGACCCGAACUAGCGGAGAUCAUCGAUAUGGUUGAAGCUACUCGGCAAGAGGCGAUCAUGGGCGUCUGGGACUAUAUCAGAGCUUCAGGGCUUCAGGAAGAUGAAGAGAAGCGUCAUUUCCGAUGUGAUGCCCUUCUGCGCAAGAUUGUGACGCGCGGAGAUGUUGGUGCUAUACCGAAUCUGGGAGAAUAUGUCGACCGCUUGCUCGAGCCUUUACCCCCAGUCAGCCUUCCGUAUACCAUUCGGGUCGAUGAGGCAUUCCACCGCAACCCACAGCCUACAGUAUACGAUGUUCAAGUCGCCGUCGACGAUUCCUUCCGUAGUACUACGCUUCCAUUUGUUGCAAGUCCUACUUAUGGCAACGCGCUCAAGGAGAUCAUGGCGCUAGACGAUCAGCUGACAACACUUGUUGGGGCGGUGGCUAAUUCCAAGGCCAAGCAUUCAUUCUUCAUGUCUCUUGGUAACGACCCUGCUGUUUUCCUUCAAGAUUGGUUUAGCUCCCAGAAGCGCGACCUGGAGAUCAUUGUGGGUGAAGCUACCCGGGGAGGUGGCGAAGAUGCCUCAGGCGAAGAAUGGCGUCGAGGCGGCAAAGACAGUGUGUGGGCAACGCAGAAUGCCCGAGAGAGUGUGAAUAUUAUGCUGGCUAAGCCGUCGCGUUGA